UUAUAAGUUAUAACAAAUGUUUGCAUUAUUAUCUCUUACGACAACUCAUUUGCAGAAGAAACCAGAAAGACGAAGCCCCUGUUAUCUGCUGGAGAGGAAAAACUGAAACUCAAUCGGGCACCGAGGAGACAACGGAGGCAAUGAGAAGGAGAAAUGGAAGCUGCAACCUCGCUAAGUUUCUCUAUUAUUCUCACAAUCCAACGAUCCGCAUUUCGUAGAGUUUACAUUUCAGGAUAGGAGUUGAAUCGAUUGAGUUAUGGGCUGCUGCCAAUCGUCGUUACUUCAACUGAAAAAACCUUCAGCCGAUGUUAAUGAACAAAACAAUCCUCAAGGCCAGAAGAAUCACCACCAUCAGAAUGGAGAAGAAGCCCCGCCGGCUGAUGAAUGCGUUGAGUUUUCUUUCGCCGACCUCAAGGCGGCCACGAACAACUUCUUCUCCGAAUACAUUGUAUCGGAAAGCAGUGAUAAAUCGCCCAAUGUCGUUUACAAGGGAUGUCUUCAGAAAGAGAACAAUCGACGCUGUAUUGCAGUUAAAAAAUUUACCAAAGCUGCGUGGCCGGACCGCAAACAGUUCGCCGAGGAAGCCUCUGGUGUGGGGAAAUUGAGAAACGAAAGACUUGCCAAUUUAAUCGGCUACUGCUGCGAGGGCGACGAAAGGCUGCUUGUUGCGGAGUAUAUGCCCAAUUGCACCCUCGCAAAGCAUUUGUUCCACUGGGAGAAACAAACCAUUGAGUGGGCAAUGCGUUUAAGAGUUUCUCUGUACAUCGCUGAAGCAUUACAAUAUUGUUGUCAGGAAAAACGUCCAUUAUACCACGACUUGAAUGCAGACAGGGUUCUAUUUGACGAGAAUGGCGAUCCUCGGCUAUCAUGUUUUGGAUUGAUGAAAAACAGCAUGGACGGAAAAAGUUACAGCACCAAUUUAGCUUAUACACCUCCAGAGUAUUUAAGAGAUGGAACUGUAAUUCCUGAAAGCGUUAUGUAUAGCUUUGGGACUAUCCUCUUAGACCUUCUUAGUGGAAAGCAUGUCCCUCCGAAUCAAGCACUUGAUAUGAUUGGAGGUAAGAACAUUACGCUCUUGAUGGAUUCACAUUUAGAUGGCAAAUUUUCAACUGAAGAGGCGACUUUAGUAUUUGAGCUUGCGUCACAGUGCUUGCAAUAUGAACCUAGGAAUCGACCAAGUAUUAGAGAACUUGUAGCAGCACUCACCCCUCUCCAAAAUAACUCUGAUAUUCCAUCAUAUGAAAUGCUGGGUAUCCCAAAGCACGAGGAAAUACCUUUGGCGCCACAACUGCCUCUCUCUGUAAUGGGCGAUGCUUGUUCUCGAGUGGACCUAACAGCCAUUCAUCAGCUUUUGCUCGUGUCACAUUAUAAGGAUGAUGAUGGAUCCUGCGAACUGUCCUUCCAAGAAUGGACUCAACAGAUUCGAGAUAUGUUGGAGGCGCGUAAGCGAGGCGACAUGGCAUUUCGAGAUAAAGAUUUUAUAGAGGCAAUAGACGGCUAUACUACGUUCAUUGACGUAGGAAAUAUAGUAUCUCCAACAGUCUACGCACGAAGAAGUAUUUGUUAUCUGCUGUGUGAUAAACCAGAUGCAGCACUUAGAGAUGCCAUGCAAGCACAAUUGGCUCACCCUGAGUGGCCGACUGCAUUUUACUUGCAGGCCGUUGCCCUUGUUAAGCUCGGAAUGCACAAGGAUGCAGCUGACAUGUUGAAUGAGGCAUCAACAUUAGAGAAGAAAAGGCAUAAUAGAGGUAGCAGAGGGUAUUGA